UUUUCAUACCACAUCCAAAUGUCAGUUUUCAUAAUUAUUUUCUGCUUUCAUCAGCGUUCUUCUGUCUUUUGGGUUUUACUAAAAUGUCUGCUUUAAAUCUGCAGACAUCGUUACUGUCGAGCUUCAUCGGCGUCACUGUAUAUCUGUAUAUCUGCAUUUAUUGUUAAAACACCGUAUCAGUUAUCCACCAAUGAGUAUUACUGCAGCGCUACAGUUUCACCCUCUGAACCCAAAUGUGUCUGGUCAGUUAUCUUAAGCGGUGUUUUUAUCUCAGUCUUCAACCGUUCUGUUUCCUGUUUUUGUCCACGAGUUGAUCUGAUGUCUGUCCUAACUCUUUUCAGUCACUCAUUUUCUGUCACUCACACACCUUCAUAAAUGAGGUUUUUUUCCGGUGAGCUACUUUCUCAGGGACACAAUGGGGAGCAGGAAAACCCCGGCCUCAGAAGGCCUUUCCCAUUUUAAACACUUCCCUAGGAGAGCCGGCUGUUCCUCACGUCAUCAUCGCAGAUAGCGGGGAGGGGGGGGAGGGGCGGUGUGUCCGUACAGCAGGGACAAUUUGUUAUUCCCUCAUCCAUGAAGAAUGACAGGUCUCUAUUGUUUUCAUUCUUUCACUCCUCCACUGCGAUGACUCCUUUCCGCGCUCGCCGGAACAGGAUAUGGUGGAAUUUUUUUUGUUUGUUUGGCGUUUUCUGCUUUUACUCCUUGCAUGGCUUACAUUGUUUUCCACCAAGGGAAUAUGAUUAGUAAUUCUGUAGUUGCUAUAUUUAAUUGUGGCACUGCUGGAUGAUCUUUUCUGGUUUCUUAAUAUAUCACAUCCAGGUACUGGUGGAAAAUUACUGCAUGUUCUUGAGUGCUUCCAUUUGAUUCUACUUUUAAUCCACCAUAUUUUACAGGACACUAUUGUACAUUAUACUCCAUUGCAAUUAUCUGUCACGUGUACUAGUUCCUUUUUAGCUAAAUAUUUGAAAAUGAAUUAAAUAUUAUAGUCUAAAAUAAAAUACCCAAUAACUGGCUUGAAUUAACCGUUAAGGGGACCUGUAUUGCCUCUUUGCUGUUUAGUAAUCUUUCCCUGUCCUAAUGUGAAGCACUUCCAAAUUGAUGGAGUCAAUUUAGCUAUUUCCCACAUGGUCAAUGAAAAUAAUUUCUCUUUGUAUUAAUCCAGGAAAGAUACCCAAGGGAGGACGUUGUAUCAGUUAUAUUGGUACUUUUUGGACUGAGUAAUUCUACAAAUGUUAAAAUGUGCGGAGGGGAUGCUUGUUUAAUACUUAAGCCCCAGUAAUCUUCUUUUGUCUCAACCAGGGAAACGUGUGGGAGUUUCGGCGGGUUUACAGUUGUAAACUUCGACAGAGGUAAACGGGAGGAGGAGGAUAACCAGGAGUCAAAGUGCGCCUCCAGCAGCAUUUAUAGACAUGGCCCCUUCACACAGCUAAGGGUCACCGUUGACAUCCAGCCAUCCGUUGUCAUUUCUGCGCGUGCAUCCCCCCCCCCCCCGACAGUGAGUCAGAGCUGUAGCAGGCGGAGACACACUUCUCACCACAUUCUUCUCCUCUUGGUGUCCACCUCGAAUCCUGAGCACCUGCCGUGCGGAGAGGAUCACAUCUGAACGGAAGCCUCGUGGAUUUUUAGCAAAGGAUCACAUCUGUUCAGUUCUUCCAAAAAUCAGCUGCCACCAUUUGCCUUCUGUCAUGUACAGCUCCAGCUACUCCCGAGCCAAGUUUGGCCUGGAGGCGAGGGAGCACAAGCACAAGCCCAAAGGGAAGAGCUGUGGCUACUACAUGAGGAUCGUCUUCUUUUUUUCCUCUCUGAUCCAGUCCCUGAUCAUCGUCAGCUUGGUGCUUUUCCUCAUCUACGGACAGCCAGAGAAGUCUGCAGAAGAAAAGAUGGUUGAGGAGCUGGAGCUGAACUUCAACCGGAUCAGUGAGAACAACUUCCAGCUGCAAAAGGAGAAGGGCGAGCUGGCAGCUCAGCUGGGAGCUCACACGGCUGAGAAAACUGCUCUGGAGACCGAGUUGGCAAGUCUGAAGACUAUUGCUAACAAAUCAGCACAUGACCUAAAGCAAGCGAAGACUAGCUGUGAUUUCAGGGUUUCACAGCAAAAACAAUCGUGCCCACGUCUUGCCACUUCAUACCAGCCCUCUCCGCCCUGUAACUCUGCUGAACUUAAGAAGUUGCAGAACCUCAACUCUAAGUAUGAACUGGAUAUAAACAACUUCACACACGUAGUCCAGUACCUGAGCAGAGAGAAAGACAACGCCAUCAAAGACCGAGACACACACCGCCAGGAUGCCAGCAGCCUGCGCAGCGAGACCACCAUGCUGAAGGAGCAGCUCACCACCUACACUAAGAAGUGCAAAGAGGACUUUGCUCAGUCUUUGGACGGGAUACAAAGCGUCACCAGCGAUUUCCUAACAAAGAUCGACAGGCUGUUUCUCCAGAAGAUGACCUUUCACCUCACCUGUGAAAGCCAGAAGGCCGAGAUGGAGACGAUCAGGAACAGCUGCACAAACCUGUCCAGAGAUGUGGAGAAAAGGUUCCAGCUGUAUUUAAACAGCGUGGGCGACAGGGUGGCGGAGAUCCAAGCACAGUCCAGCGAGCUGCUGGUGCGAAGCUCACUCUGUGAACAGCAGUACGUCAAGGCGCUCGCUGACGCAGCCGAGCUGCAAAGGACUCAUGACAACACGGUGGAGAAAUUACUGAAGGAGAAGAUUGAGCUAAGAAACAUGCUCCAGCAAACGCCAAAUUCUAAGGGGAGAUAAAGGGAAGACACACGUCUCACCACGUGCCACGCUGAUCAGCAUGUUGCCAUGAAACAUUUAUAUAUUCCUCAUUCGAUACAACUUGUAAAAACUCUGACCCUAUAUUAAUGACAUAUUUGCUGUUCUGUGCAUUCUUUUUCAGCUUUGAGGAUUAGUGGAUUCAUUUGUAUGUUACAGUUUACAAAAAAAAGUUACUUUGUGAAAGUUACAAUUGCUGUGAAUGGCCUUGGGUUCAUAAAGGUAAAUGUACAAAUCUCCGUGACACUGGUGUAAAUACUUAAAAUUUUGUGUCACUCGUUGUGGUUUCUGCUGUUUGGGAAAUCAUUAUUUUGAAAUAUGAUUAAAACUGACUCAAUCUUGA